AUGCCUCCUGAGUUGAAGAAGGGCCUAUUAGAUGCGCAUUGCAAACUCAGCGACUACUACUACAAGUAUGAUGAAUCACCAUUCUAUACAUGGGCUGCUCUUUUUGAUCCUCGAAUCUCAUACACCAAAGGGUUAAAGCAAGACUACAAAAAUGACACCAAUCUGGAUACUUAUCUUGAGAGCUCAAAGCAGCUUUUGCAAGACUACUUUGACCAUCACUACCCUUCUACAAUGUCUAAUUGUCUUGAUACUCCAUCAUCUCCAGCAGCUGGACUAUUGGGAUCUACAUUCCUCAAUGGAUCUCCUCAAAAGAUAGACUUCACAUCUCGAUAUGAUGAUGAUGAUAAUUCUGCGCUUGAGCAAUACUUUUCUCUCCCAAAGAAGAAUUUUCAGACAACUAACCCAGUGAAUUGGUGGUACAUUCACCAUGACUUUCCACGAUUGUAUCGCCUAGCCUGCUCUGCAGUAGCGGUAGAGCAUGUGUUUUCUGGAACCCAGCUAAAGCCUGACACCAUUUGCAUUCUAAUGCUGGUCAAACAUAGGCUUCGACUUGCUCGCAACGCUGUUGAGGAAUUUCUAGCUAAUGAUGAUGAUGAGGAAAACUUUGCAUCAUAG